AUGACUCGGAGAUCCUGUGCCAUUUACGCCACCGGGAUCGUGUGCGCUCACCUCCUGAUAGUGGGGAUCGCCCUGGUCGUGGCUCAAGUCUUCCAAACAAUGAUACACAGCCGGUUAAAAAAGGAAAUUACGUUGACAGAGAAGAGCCAAAUGUUUGAAUCAUGGAAGAAUCCACCUCCACCCGUUUAUAUGGAGUAUUACUUCUUCAAUGUGACCAAUUCCGAGGUGUUCUUGGCAGGCGGGAAGGCAGCUGUUAAACAGAUCGGACCCUAUACUUACAGGGAGUACAGGCCGCGGGAGAACGUAACUUUCCUGGAGAACGGUACCAAGCUUUACGCCCUGAACCCCAAAACCUUUGUGUUUGUACCCGAGAAGUCAGCUGGCGACCCAGAGGUCGACAUCAUCAGGACUGUAAACAUCCCAUUUGUGGCCAUCAUGAACGAGCUGAACUCCUACUCCUUUAUCCUGAGAACAUUGGUUUCCAUAUACAUGAACAGCCUGGGCAUUGAGAUGUUCAUGUCCCGCACUGUCCACGAGGUCCUGUGGGGCUUCAAAGACCCUCUUCUCUCAAAGGUCCACUCCAUGAAGCCUGACGUGGACGAGUAUUUUGGGCUGAUGUGGAAGAAAAAUGGCACCCAUGAAGGAGAGUUUGUGUUCCACACCGGCGAGGAGAAUUACAUGGAUUAUGGCAAGAUCGACACGUGGAACGGCCUCAGGGAGAUGUCGUGGUGGUCUUCUAACCGGAGCAACAUGAUCAAUGGUACAGAUGGCGCGGUCUUCCACCCUCUGAUAAACAGGAACGAGCUGCUCUACAUAUUUGCUGCUGAUCUCUGCAGGUCUAUCCAUCUAGCCUAUGUGAAAGACGUGGAGGUGAAAGGCAUCCAGGCGUACCGCUUCGCACCGCCUAACGAUGUUCUCAUGAGCCCCAAAGAAAACCCCACUAACGCGGGCUUCUGUGUGCCAGCUGGAGACUGUCUCGGCACCGGGUUGCUUAAAGUCAGCGUUUGUCGAGAAGGUGCUCCCAUCGUGGUGUCUUUCCCUCACUUUUAUCAAGCCGACCCGAUGUACAUUAACGCCAUUGACGGGCUCAGCCCUAACAAGGAGGAGCACGAGACGUAUCUCGACCUGCAACCGACCACAGGGGUUCCCAUUCGUGCCUGCAAGAGAGCUCAACUCAAUAUCAUCCUGAAAAGAGUCCAAGGCUUCCCCAAAACCAAGUACAUCACCGAGACCAUUUUCCCCAUCAUGUUCGUCAAUGAGACAGCGACUAUUGACGAUGACUCUGCAUCCCAGAUGAGGACGCUGCUCCUAAUUGUGACUCUAGUGUCAAACUUCCCGUUGCUCAUCGUGGGCUUGGGCAUCAUCCUGCUGUUGGUGCUCGUCGUCUUGUUCUGUCGAAACCGCCAGAAGAAGAAUGAAGUAAAACGUAUUGAUUUUACUGAAGCUUUUCAUUCUUUUACUACGGUAAAAGACGACACAGCCUACACUCAGGUCAGCGACAAACCCGACGAGCCGUCAGAAACGCCAGCCAGCCAGCCAAUGAGGAACGGCUCCUACAUUGCCAUGUCUCCAGUGGAGGCCCAGAAGUGUUGAUUGAGGAUCCCCUCCCCAAGUGUGGAGCUCAGGAAGGGGGCUGAGGGAGCAGCACAGGGGUGUUACAUUACCACGGGUGGGGGGGUUUGCAUACAUUGCAGGCUCAUUUUCACUUAUUUUUGGGGGGGUGCGGAGGAUAAGGAAAGGGGUGGGACACAAGCCCCAGUAAAUAUUUAGUCAACAAAGACAUUGCUCCUCUCACUGAGCCCUCUUAUGACUGUCUGUCCUCCUCUACUCUACCUGCUGAGCAUGGCCCUCACUGCCUGCCGUACUGCUACACAACAAACUCCCACACUCUCAUUCCUCGUUUCCGUCCUGGUCGGACCUUUAAAGAUGAUGAAGGGAGUCCGGGCGGGCUCGGCCAGGACAAGCCUUUUUUUCCGUAAUUCUUCUGAGGGAACUCGGUAGCAUAGGUGUCGCUGUCGCACACGGACGCAUGAUCUUCUGAGCUGACUCUGCCGACUGAUACUGCUCAAAGAGUUUUAGUAUUCACCUGAACAACAGAGGGUGGUGUUACUGUCGUAUUCUUGCUUUUUUUCCUCUCCGUCAGAGGAGAAAACUUCAGGCCAACAGGUUAAAAGGAAAGCCCCCAUAAACUGAAUCCUUAGGACAAAAGCUCAGAGGAUAAAAUGAUUUUGCUAAUAUAAACUGAGUUUAGCAUAUCCUUUUUUUGUAAAGAAGAAAAAACACUGAGCCAAACUGUAUAGCAUUUUUGCCUUUUUGUCCUAAGAUAAAUUGGUGCACCCACACACAUACACACCGCACUUUCAGUAUCAGUUAGUGAUAGUGUGUGUGCACCUUUUAUCUUACACUUUAGUGUCCUGUGUUCCUUGAUGCAGGCACAGUUUAGUGUUACCUGGAAUACUUGUGAUUUUGAUCCCCCCCUCCUCCAGAACACUAGUUAAAAAUAUAUUCAGCUAAAUUUCCAAGUCAUCAUAAGUGAAGGUGAUGACUAGUCGGCUAUGAAAUUAUUAGGGUUGCCACCAGUAGCUUGAUGAAGUUGCGUCUUUUUUAGGCUCCAUCACACAUUCAAAACAAAAAAAGGAAGAAAAAAACACCCACAGAACUUACAAGGGAGACUUGAACCUGCUUUCUGCCUUAUAAUGGUUCAAUGUGGUCUUUAUGUUCAUACAUUGUUCAAAUAAGCUGGAAAUCUCAUUAUUGUACAUAUGUAAAAGGGGAAAUGUUGAGAUACCUCUGACCAAAAUCCAGCAAGCAGUCCUUCUAGGUGUGCUGAAAGACACUUUGCUCUGGUGUCGACCGCUCCUGCACGUCUACACUGUUAUUAGAGAAAGCACAAUUCGGAUUGUUAAAACCAGUCCUCACAAGGCUACCAGGUUUUUUUCAUCCUGUUAUGAUAUUUACAGCUGAUCUGUCAAAGACACUGUCAAAGUGCUGUGACUAUUAAACAAAAAAAAAGUGGAAUCAUUGGGGGUUUUGAGGGAGCCCUGGGCAACACUCGCCGCUGUGCAGUCUUUCAGUUUGCCAAGGAGCUGUAGGCAUUCAGGCAAAACGCAGCACACAGCACUUGAAUCACUGUUUGUCUUAUGUUUCCAUGUGUUUUUUCAUUUUUCUGUCCGCCACACCAGUCUCGUCAAACCCAGGGGUAGCCGCUAAUGGGAAUUGAAUUUAAGGCCAUAAUUCUGUCUUAGUGGAAAAUUCCCUGCACUUUGCCUGGAAAUUGUGCCCUGUAGAUUUUCAUUUUUUUUUUUUUUUUUUCCUGUUCAUUUCAAUGCAGGUGGUCCAUAUGUUCAAUACAUUUCAAUUAUUUGUCCUCGUUAGUAUUGGUUAUGAAGGAUGUUGAAUACACAUCCAUGCCUCUGUGUUAAUUGCUUUUCAGCACAUGGAGUGUCUUCUUUUGAUAUACUUUUGUAUUUGUUAUUGCUGCUAAAAAAAAAAUGCCAUAACCUAUGGACUUGUAUUUGUACAUUCGUGUACAUAACGUGCUCGUAUUCUGUUUCAGGUUGAUCCACAGAAGCUUUUUACUUCAUAGCUUUUUGUGUCGCCAACCCCUUUUUGACACCUGAGCACAAGAUACAAAGCCCAAAGCUUGCUACCAUUUAUUGGAAUUAGCAGUUACAGUUAUCACUAGCAACACUUUUGUAAAGUUAUCACACUUAACACACUCAUUCCUCUUAUUAGCAGAUGAUCAUAUCACAUGUAUCGUUGGCGUUUAUUAUAGGAGUAGUAAACUUAACAGUCCGCUGGAGGCGCCCAAAAAGGGCAAGCCGUUUCAUCUAAAGAUCGGUGUCAGAAGUCUGAUUCUGGGAUUAAUAACAACACUGUGGUGGAGAGGUCAAAAGUAUUCCUUUUUUAAAGGUUAAAUGAAUUCACUGAAGGCCUUUUUUAUUUCACCUACAUGCAAGCAACCGCCGCCUUGUGCAAGCUCACAGUCCAUCGUUAUCCACCUGCUUAAAAACUUGAACCUGAGAGACCUUAAUCCCUUAAAGAGUCGUGUCUGUGUGUUGCUUGUUCAUCAUCUGUUCAAACACACACCUGAGCCAUCACUCCUCCGCUGUCUGACUUCUACUACACUGACCUUUGAGUCCAAUCCUUCAAGCCUAUUUGCUUGUCCCUGCUUGACCAAAGAUAACCCACAUGGAUCUGCCCCAGCGCUGUGUUUACUCUCCUCUGUGAUAACGGUUGUGCCACAAAACCACCGCCUACUUUUUUUUCUCCUCUUUUUUAAAAAUAUAAUUGUGCCACCACUUAUGUGAAGUAUUUGCAGCAGUGUUGUGUGAGCGUGAAUGCAUGAGUGAAUCUACCUUUUAACAUCAAGGCAAGAAAAAAAAGAAAUUUCAAAAGUUGGUUUGAUAGGUAUUGCUUUUUUUGGUCACCCGGUGCAAGAGCAAAUAAGUCAAAAUCAAUGCUCUUUGUGAGCAGAUCUCAGUAUUAUGUAAAACGAAGCAAUACAGAGUUGUGUAAAAUAAAUUGUUUUAUAAGGGGCCACACAAUAUUUAUGUAUAUGGUUUGUUUUUUUCUGUUUUCCCCCUGAAUUUGUGAGUUUUGUUAGUUGUGUAGAGGUAUUUUGGUUUUCUGUAGCGUGAUUUUAUUUUUUAUUUUCUCAAAAUUUCACUUUUGAUCAUUUCAAUUUUUUUUCACACUGAAAAUAUAAAAAGUGUAAAAAGAUGGACCAGUAUGUCACUGGGAGCUGUAAAAAUGUAAGAGUGUUCAUGAAUGGUUUAAGAUUUGGAUGUUUGAGAAUUUGUGUGAGUAAAUUUGUGUUUGUGGAGCCGAUGCUCCAUUUCUGUCAAACUGGAGUGAUUUUUACUGGAAGGCUGAUUAUCUUGAUGACUUUGUAAAGUAAAAGCAUUGAUGCUGUGUAACCUAUCUAGAUGAAUGAAGCCCUCCUACAGGGAUGAGCACUAGUGCCAUACCAUCCUUUAUUAUUAUUUUCCUUAAUUUGCUCUUUGGUGUAACAACCGCACCUCUCCAUCUCAAUGUUCUGAAGUCACUAACAGAUGUUUCCUCCUGAGAUAUAUACUAAUUUGUUUUGCUGCUGAAAAUGACAAUCCUUGUCAUGUGAGGGGCAAAAUGAAUUCAAAGUAAUAUCCAUUUUUAGUUUUGAUAAUUUACACUGCACAGAUGUUUCUACAGUGCUUUUGUAAACCUUUAUAGUGUAUUUGCAAAAAAAUAAAAGUUGCAGUCAAGUGCAAAGUUCA